AUGUUUGACAACUACCGCCACGAAGACGACGAGGACCUGCGCGGUGCCGCCGAGACGGCCUCCCGCCACGCCGGCGACUCUGGAGACACCAGCCUGUUUGGCGGGAUCCUGAAUGCCAUCGGCCAGAACAAGGGCCGCCUGGAGCAGGAGGAUAUCGAUGAGGAUGACGCCGUCCGCAACCACCAGCAGUUCUUUGGGGGCGGUGGCAACGUCCAAGAGGCCACAUCCGGAGGCAUGGGCGCUGCUGCCGCCAUGCAGGCCCUCAAGAUGUUCUCAGGCGGCGAGGCUCAGGGAUCCCAGAGCAAGAGCGCAUUCAUCGGCCUGGCCAUGAGCGAGGCAAGCAAGCUGUUCGACCAAAAGGCAUCCCAGGGCCAGGUCUCAUCCGACUCAUCCAAGGAGUCGGCCAUCAUGAAGGCCGGCGAGAUGGCACUCAAGAUGUACAUGAAGGGCCAGGCUGGAGGCCCGUCGAGCGGCCCUGGAGGACUUUUGGGAACACAGAACACAUCCCCGUCAACCAACCAGCCAAGCCAAACAACCAUGGAGCUCCCAAAGAGCUACAACACCCUGUCCCUGCCAGACAUCAAGCUCUCCCACCACCCGGCCUCGGCCCCGGAGCCGACCCCCGUCAUCCUCGUCAUCCUCGACCGGCCCGCGCAGAAGAACGCCUUCACGACCGCCAUGGCCCGCUCCCUCGCCACGGCCUUCGACCUGCUCUCGGCCGACCCGCGCGUGCGGGCCGUCGUCCUCACGGGCUCCGACCCGGCGAACCGCACCUUCUGCCCGGGCGCCGACCUCGACAUCGGCUUCAGCGUCGGCGGCGACGGCGUCGCCCGCGACGACUACCGCGACACGGGCGGGCACGUCGCGCUGGCCAUGCACCGCUGCGCCAAGCCCGUCGUGGCCGCCGUCAACGGCUCCGCCGUCGGCGUCGGCAUGACCAUGGUGCUGCCCGCGGCCGUGCGCGUCGUCAGCGACGCCGCGAAGCUGGGCUUCGUGUUCGCGCGGCGCGGCAUCACGAUGGAGGCCUGCAGCUCCUUCUUCCUGCCGCGGCUGAUCGGCACGGCGCGGGCCCUGCACCUCGUCACGACGGGGCAGGUCGUCGGCCCGCGGCACCGGCUCGUCGAGGGCCUCUUCGGCGAGGUCGUGCCCGCGGGCGAGGUCGUGCCCACGGCGCUGCGCAUCGCCGAGGAGAUCGCGGCGUCGACGAGCGGCGUCAGCACGCGCGUCAUGCGCGACAUGAUGUACCUCGGCCCCGGCACGCCCGAGGAGGCCCACCUGCUCGAGAGCAGCGUGCUGUACGACAUGUUCCACGGCCGCGACAUGAAGGAGGGCGUCGCGAGCUUCAUGGAGAAGAGGCCCGCCCGGUUCCGGGGCACGAUGGAGGAGGACCGCCCUGCCAUCUGGCCGUGGUGGGACACGCAGCUGCUGGAGAAGGCCAAGGCGAAGCUGUGA